CAAGGCUCAAUAGCCCCACCUUUUGCGCUUCCCGCACCGUCAAUCAAAAUAAGGGAAAAAAAAUCGACCCGAAUCUCCGAUCACAGCCCGCCUUUGAUUAAAACAAUCAUGUUUGGAGUUUAAAUGAACAGAUAACCUUGCUAUUUUUUAGCCGUUCGCGCUAUGACUGGUACGUAACACUUAAACCGAUCGAAGCACAGCACCGCCGCCCCAGAACAGCCAGCGAAGCAGCAGGAAAUGGCUGCCUUGGACGCGGACGGCGGUCAGAGCGACUUUCUGCAGCCCGCCGCAGGAGCCGCCGCCUCGGACCAGCAGGCGACAGACCUCGCGUCCAUCCAGCUGACUGGCUCAUCUGACCGCUGGGAGGUGCUCACCCCGGUUUCUACCAGUAAAGAGGACUCUGGUGUAGUAAACUUGCCCAGUGGGGGGAUUGUGGGCACCAACGGGCAGUAUGUGGUGCCACUGCAGACUGUACCAGGGCAGAGCCAGCCUGUCUUUGUGACUGCUGGGACAGAUGGUGCCAGCGCCAACGGCAUCCAGUACCAGGUCAUCCCGCAGCUCCAGAGCGCAGAAGCCACAUCAUUAGGUUACACUACGUCCACAGCCGAUGGCGCCACGCUGGGUACGGACAUCGCCAUACUGCCCGACGGAACCCAGGGCAUCCCCACGGCGACUAGCGCCAACGACCUGCAGGGUUUGCUGGCGCAAACUGGACAUGUGCAGCAGAUACCGAGCGUCUCGUUGGCAGGAAGUGGGUUCGCAGGGCAGGGCCAGGUGGUGGCUAAUAUGCCAGUCGGAUUGCCUGGGAACAUCACGUUUGUGCCGAUUAACAGCCUGAGCAACGCUGACUUGGAGUCCCUGGGCCUGGCUGGAGCUCAGACCAUCGCUACUGGCGUUACAGCUGACGGUCAGCUUAUCAUGACGGGUGACAACACGGUCCAGAGUACGCUGGAUAAAACCAACAAUGCCAACAGCACCAACACCUUUGUUCCACCGACCUCGACCUCCUCCUCCACUGCCACAUCGUUGCCUGAGACGAUAGACGGCACAGGGGUUCUGACCCAAGCCACGGCUGUUUCGGCUGGACAACAAGAUCCGUCCUUCAUUCAGCAGAACCACGUGCCUACCUCCGUGCCUGUGACCACUGAACCCGUGGUGCAGCUAGUGUCCUCGCAGACGGCAGAAGGUGCCGCGCAGACGCUACAAAACGUGCAGCUGCUCAAUGCGGGCACCUUCUUAAUCCAGGCGCAGACCGUUUCGCCUACGGGACAGAUCCAAUGGCAGACUUUCCAGGUGCAGGGUGUGCAGAACCUACAGAACCUGCAGCUUCCUGGCGCUGGUGGAAUGGCAUCACCGCAGAUCACCAUCGCCCCUGUGCAGACGCUAGCGCUGGGGCAGCCUGGCACCAGUGUGCCCGCCGGACACAUCCCUAACCUGCAGACGGUCACGGUCAACUCCAUCACGCAGACGGAUCAGACCACCGAGAGUCCCUCAGGCAUUCAUAUCAAGGAGGAACCAGACACGGACGAUUGGGUGCUGAGCGGAGACUCCACCCUGAACACCAGCGAUUUAUCGCACCUCCGUGUACGACUGCUAGAUGAGGAGACUGAGGGGGUGGGACAGGAGGGCAAGAGGCUCCGGAGGGUGGCUUGUACCUGCCCUAACUGCAAGGAGGCUGGAGGGAGGGGUUCAGGCAUGGGCAAGAAGAAGCAGCACAUCUGCCACAUCCCCGGCUGUGGGAAGGUGUACGGUAAAACGUCUCAUCUGCGUGCUCACUUGCGCUGGCACUCAGGCGAGAGGCCCUUCAUCUGCUCCUGGAGUUACUGCGGCAAGAGAUUCACACGCAGCGACGAGCUGCAGCGCCACCGCAGAACACACACGGGAGAGAAGAAGUUCGUGUGUCCGCAGUGCUCGAAGCGCUUUAUGCGCAGCGAUCAUUUGGCCAAACAUAUUAAAACUCACCUGAACAAAAAAGGCCUGAACUCAGUCCCUGCAGCAGGGCAGACGGAGACCACCGCCCCUCCGGACAGCAUCGUCGCCGGAGGAGGGGCCACGCUCAUCCUGACCAACCUGCCCCAGGCUGGCACUCAAGACAUCCUCUCAAACUCUGACCUCCCGCUUCAGCUGGUCACUGUGUCUGCCAAUGAGGUCAUGGAGUGACCAAAAAAACCAAAACCGUCCACUUUCACAGCUGGCUUUUCACUAUCAAUUUUUAUAUAUGUGAUAAAUAUAUAUAAUAUGAAUAUAUAUUUUAAAAAAUGAAUUAUCAAUUUAUGCUCUGUAGCAGUCUUUUUGUACAAACAAGCAGGGAAGGGGCAGGGGGAAGGGACAUUUAAAUAUGGUUCGGGUCUACGCGCGCACACACUUGACACUCGUAUACACGCAUAUACAGUAUAUAGGAAUACACACUAACACAGAAAUGCCUUAUUUUGUAUCAUAUCAUAUUCUGUACUAUAUGAUGCUGGACUUGCAUGGAUUUUUACUUUCUUCUGAUCAAAUUGUUCAGGGGAUGAUGUGUGUGCAUGAAAGAUAUGGUACAGUGUGUGUGUGUGAGCGAGAGAGAGUGAUGUUUUGUGCAAAUUUGGCAAUAGGAGAGGGAAGUGACAUCAUCAGAGGCGAGAUACUCAUGAUCUGUCUAUCUUCCUCUUGAAUCCCUCUCUCGACUGGCCUUGGUCCAAGCAUGUCUUCACUCUUUCAUUAUGUUUCAUUUAACAUAAUGUGUAUUGACUCUGCGCUUCUCUCACACCCUUUGUGUAUCAUGAUUUGGAGGAUUUUUUUUUUUUUUUAAAUUUGAGUUUUAUUUUAUUGUCCAUAUGCAACUCGGGUGACAACGUCAGUAAUGUAAGACUUCUUUUUUUAAUUAUUGUCUUACUUCUCUAUAUUCAUGAUGGUGUCCCCUUGUUUUUCUCUUUUGCAUUUUUUUAUUUUUCCCUCCUCCAGUGCCCAAGAUUGUUUAUAGCCACCAUUUAUUUUUAGUAUAUAACUGAUUCUGUUGCCAUGGACUUUUCAAAUUAAUUACUUUUUAAAAUGUGUAAAAUUAUGUUACUUUUAUACUUUUUU